CUGACAUCACCGACGCCAUGCACUGGAUGCAGGCCGCUGCGGCCUUCUCCGUCGCCGUCGACCUGUGGUACGCAGCCAUGCCCUGGUAUCUGCUGCACAGGCUCACCAGGCCGAGGAGGGAGAAGUAUCUCGUCCAGGGAAGUAUGAGCCUGGGCGUCAUCGCCGCUGGGUGCGGUAUCGCGAGGGCGCUGAGCAUCUACCCCGCGGCCACCAACGCCGAUGCCAAGUCUGCCGCGAUCCUCUACCUCUGGCACGGCGCCGAGAUGGCCGUCACCAUGAUCUGCAUAGGCAUGCCCGUCUGCCGCCCCGCCGUCAGCUCGAUGCUCCAGGCCCUCGGUAUCCGCGUGCAUUCCUUUCGGACCACCAAGGAGCACAACAGUAAUCACACCGGUAGCAAGUACCACCAACAGAGCUCGUCGUACAUCCGCAACUUUGGCGCCAACGCCACCUGGGAGGAGGCCGUGGGAGCCACCGAUGUGGACUCUUGGAGCCAGCGCAGGAUCCUAGGCGUGGGCGACACCACCUCGGGUGCUACGGGCGGGGUGCACGGCGGUGUGACUGCUACUCCUGGCGCCAAUGGCGUUGGUGGUGGCGCAGGUGGUGGAAAAGAGGCUGGUGGUGAUGGCUUGGCCGGGUCCAGGAGAGAAAGCAUCAUCACUGCUGGAGGAAAGGAGUUUGAGCUGGGCUAUCCAAUGAGAACAAUGAGCAAGAGCGGGAUCACAGUUACCAAGACGGUGGAUAUAACAAAUGGAAGGAAGAAUUCGCGGUGACGGAAGGAAGAGAUCGAAGAAAGGAGGGACAGAGGGAAGGAAAGAGUGGUGGUAGCGUUCUAGCGACCAGCCAAGCUUUGCCUCUUCGUCCCUCACUUUCUUUCCUUUCUUCCCUCUCCAUCAGAGUGUCGUGGCAGAGCGUUUCUUUUUACCUCUUUUUUUUCACACAAUUGUUGAAUGAUACCUUAUGGGCAUAUCAAUCAGAUGAGGCAUCUUGAUAGAGCCCGGAGCGGGAGUUUGGAUGGCUGGGCGGCAGUCUCUCAAUGUGUAUGACAUUAUGUAUUCGUCUGUACAUCCUCGAAUAGCUCAAUGCUUCUACGUUACUCUGGUCUCUGGAGCUCAAGAGAUGG